CUCAUUGCUUAGUAGUUGUGUUUUCGAAUCGGCUAUGAUUUGCUUGUAAAUAAUGCUGAGAAAAAAGAGAAGAUGAUGAAAACAAAAAAAAUGUAAGAAUUUCACAACGGCAUUUCAUCUAUUAAUAAUUCCGUUAUUGUGUGCAGAACGAAUAAGGUAUGUACUCGUGGUUAUUAAUAAUGAAUAUCGAUUGCAGACUAUAAAAAGGGAGAAAACUCGCGAUCCUCGUCCAUUAUGUGGACGGACGUGUUUGUUGUAUUAUAUCUUACUAUUAAUGAUUAAUAUCGAUAAGAGAAGUAACAAACAAUAAGGAUAUAUAAUAAUUUAAGGGAUGGAAAAAAGGUGUGUGUUAAGGGAUCGACAGCUGUUGAUACUUGAAGUCGCAUUUUUUCCUAAAUAUUACGAAGGGAAGAGAAGGAAGAGAGCACCCAAGGCAUGUCAAGAUCUCUUUUUGCGAAAUGCGUAGAAACAUAAGAAAAAAAAAGAAGAAAAAUAAACCACCAGAAUGUUCGCACUUGCUGUCCGACUCGAAGAUACACCCUGAGAUUUUUACCAAAAAGAUUCUAACGUACGUCGUGGAUUUAGGCAAUUUUAACAAACUCGUUUUUUUUAUGUUUUAUUUUUAUUUUUAUCAACCGAAAACUCUCCACACAAAAGAAUGAGAGAAUGAUCAGAGGAGAUGCAUCUAUGUGAGGAAGCGAUCUUGUACUGCGAAAAAUUUCUUGGUGUGGGAGACGAAGAAAAAAACACGAACUCGUGACGUUCGAGGGAAAGAGGAAAGGUGAAUUUUUUGUAAUCAUACACAUUUCGUGAAUGAUCACUAGCGUGUUAUACAAUUUUUUAUAAUAAUGAUUACAUUGCUAGCUGAAAAGAAUCUCAUUAGCGAAUAGAAUUUCAAGCGAUAAUGUAAUACAACGUGUUUUCACGGUAUAUUUUCAUCAUAUAAUCUCGGGCUGUAUAUAUAUCAGACUUCUAAUUCUUCUCUUUCUCUUCUUUUCUUUUUUUUCUUUUUAUUUAUUUACGACGAGUCAUCGUAAAUUUUAUAAAAACAAAUUUACGUGUAUACGGUUAAUCAAUUUUUUAACUUUCAUCUUUGGAGAGAAAAAAAGAAAUGGUAUCUCGAAACUAGUGAUCAUUUAUCGAAACGUUUUGCCAACAAAGAAAACAUUUCUAGAAAAAAAAAAAAUAUUGUAUUAUAUAUAUAUAUAUAUAUAUAUAUAUAUAUAUAUAUAUCGAAA